AUGGCAGACAAAGAAUACAAUUUCCUGGAUUCACAAGAAUCAAUGGAAAUCGAAGAGAUUGAAGAUUCAUUCAUGAAUUUGGAGAUCGAAAACAAAAUUACAGAAAUCAAGCAACUUCUAUUAGAAAAUAUUGAACACCAAGCAGAAACAGGUGACAACACAGCACCAGAAACAAGUAACAACUCACCAGAGAAUACUUCAAGCACAUUAACAGGGAAAAGCAGAAAUGACAACAUCCAAACACAGCAGAGUAAAAGUCAACAAGAAGAUUUUGAUUUUACAGGAAGCCUAAUAGGAUACACUGCAGAAACUUUGGAUGAAAUACAUGAAAUAUAUAAAAAGCAUGCAUUUGCUAUGGGAUUUGGAGUAAGACAAUCACCCACCAGAUGGACUCAAGGAGACAACAAACAAAUAAGGGGAAAAGAUUUUGUUUGUAAUCAAGAAGGCUUUAGAUGCAAACCAAAGAUUAUGAAAACUCCUCCUCUUGCAAAUGAAAAUAAGAAGAAAACAAAACAAGUUCCUAUAACCAGAACAGGAUGCAAAGCAUUAAUCAGAGCAAAAAAGAACAAAGAAGGGAAGUUUGAAAUUGAAGAACAUAUCAUUAAUCACAAUCAUGAGUUAACUAGAAAAGUGUGGCAACAUUUACAUAGGUCAGAAAGAAAGAUCACUGAAGACAAAGCAAAAGUGAUUGAUCUUAUGGCAGAGAUUGGAUUAAAACCAAUAGAAGCAUACAAUCUGAUGACCAAAGAAGCUGGAGGUGAAGAAUUACUAGGGCAUACUUUAAGGGACAAUUUAAACUACAUUUCAAGAAGAAAAAUCAAAGAAAUUGAAGGAGGGGAUGCUCAAACUGUAAUAUACAGCCUAUAUCAAACUCAAGCAAAAGAAGAAGACUUUUUCUUCAGAUUCAAACUUGGAGGUGAUGAAAACACCAACAAGUUAACAGGCAUCUUCUGGAGAGACUCAGAAAUGAAGGAGGAUUACCACAUCUAUGGUGAUGUAACCAUUUUUGACACAACAUACAAAACAAACAAAUACAAUCUCAUUUGUUCCCCUAUUGUAGGAGUCAAUAAUCAUUGGCAAACUGUGAUGUUUGGAUGUGCAUUUAUAGCUGAUGAGAAGAUAGACACAUUUGACUGGGUUUUAUCAACUUUUAAGAAGUCUAUGGGAAGAAGAGAGCCUGCAACAAUAUUCAGAGAUCAAGACUUUGCAAUGUCUAAAGCCAUUGAGAAGAGGAGUGAGAGUACAAAUAAUGCAGUUGGAUUCAAAGCAAAUAAGAACACAAGUUUAACAGAAUUUUUCAGAAUAUUCAAGCAAACUGUGAAGAGAUGGAGAAAAAAUGAAGCUGAUGCAGAUUUCAAGUGUUCAAACUCUGAACCAACUUCACAUCUACCUAUGUAUGGACUCCUAAAACAUGCUUCAGAAAUAUAUACACAUACAAUUUUCAAAUACUUUGAGGCAGAGUUCAGCUAUUCAAUGGGGUGCAUAACAUUUCUGCAUAAUCAAAUUGGAGAUCACUACUUUUAUGAGGUGCAAAUUGAAAAUGAAAUAUCAUCCAGACAAAAGGUCACAUUUUCCAGCUCACAAAACAGGAUUGCAUGCUCAUGCAAAAAUUAUGAAUAA